AUGUCUGACCCAAAUCAGUCCCCUGAGACCCCGAAGAAAGGCGCCCAGUUGAGCGACAAGCAGGUCAAGCUCCUCGCCACCAUGACCCAGAACACCAUCGGAAAGGUCGAGUACAACUGGGAGAAAAUCGCAGCCGAGAGUGGCUACAAGAACGUGGCCAGCGCCAAGACCACCUUCUCCCGUCUCUGCACCCAGAUGAACGGCGGUGGCAGCAGCAAGAGCCCUGCCGACAAGGGCGGCGCCCCCGUCGCCGGCGGACCCAACACCCCCACCAAGGUCACCAAGCGCACCGGAAAGGUCGGCAGCGCCUCUGCCAAGAAGCCUCGUGGCAAGAAGAACGCGCCGGUGGUCGAUGCUGGCGAGGAGGAUACUGAGAAGGGUGAGCAGGUCAAUGUGAAGGAUGAGAAGGCCGAGGCUGGUGAUGAGGUUGACGCCAUGAUGAGCGGUGCGCUCUGA